AGUGUUUCGCUUUCGUAUAUUCUGUAGUUUCUUAUCUGAUCCAACUAAUAUACUUUAUUUGCUCAUGAAUUUUCUAUGUUUCUAAAGUUAUAAUUAAAAUGAGACAUCAUUUUCUUAACAGAGUGCUGUAGAACUAUGAAGAUUGCUUUGCUACUUUUGUUGAUAUUCUUUUUCAUCCGAGAAAGUGUAGCUCUCCUGAAGGUGAUCGAUUCUGCCUCGCGACAGUUUAAAACCCUGGAUGGAUUCUGGGAUUUUCUGCCAGAUUAUAGCGCUGAAAGUGUGAAUGAAAAAUGGUGGCUGAAACCGCUGGAAACUUACGGUGAAGUGAUACAGAUGCCAGUGCCCUCCUCCUUCAACGACAUCACCACAGAUGCCAGACUAAGAGACCACUUGGGGUGGGUGUGGUAUGAGACCUUCUUCCCCACCCCCACCCUGUGGCUGAACUCAAGUGGGGGCUAUGACUCAUCUGAGAGGCAGAUUUAUGUGCGAUUCGAAAGUGCACACUAUUACGCCAUGGUCUUCAUCAACGGCGAGUAUCUGACCGAGCAUUCAGUGGGACACCUUCCCUUCGAGGCCGAAAUAGGACCACACCUCCUCACUCCAUCCAAUCCAGGCACCUCCCACCGAGGUGGAGGGGGAGGGGGACCGAGUGAGUACAUGAACAGAUUGACAGUGGCCUUGAACAACACUUUGAAUGCCACCACUGUGCCGCCCUCUGCAUAUAAUUACAAGCAAAACACCAGUCAGUACAUAUACCCAGCUGGCUAUGUUGAAGUCACGUGGCAAUUCGACUUCUUCAACUAUGCGGGACUGCACCGACCGGUGAAGUUGUUCACAGUUCCCGCGGUGCACGUGGAUGACGUCACAAUAAAAACAGUGCCCCAGUCCGAAGACAAACAGACGGCCACAGACACAUGGAACCUUUUCCUAACUGUCUGGUGCAUGGGAGACGACACCUCCUCCGCCAAAAUCAAAGUGGGUGUUCUCUUCCCCCGGACAAACAGUUACCUGUAUCUGGGUGGUUUGGAGAACGGAGUUGAAAGGAAGAUUAAUAUGACCCCUCAAAGUCUGUGGUGGCCAUACACUAUGGACACUAACUAUGGACUCCUUCAUGAGCUGACGGUGGACGUGGAGCUUGAUGGUGUUGUGGUGGACAGGUACACUCAGAAGUUCGGCUUCCGCCAUGUCUCUCUCGACAACACCUCUCUCUACAUCAAUGGAGUGAAGACAUACCUCACCGGAAUCAACAAACACGAAGACUCUGACAUCAGAGGGAAGGGUCUGGACUACGCCCUGAUUGGACGAGACUUCGCGAACCAGAAAUGGCUGCAGUCGAAUGCAUUCAGAAGCAGCCACUACCCUUAUGCACAGGAGUACUUGGAGAUGGCAGACUCGCAAGGAAUCAUGGUCAUCGGGGAGUGUCCAGGAGUGGGCAUUCAGUCACAGAACAUGUUGCCGGAGACGUUGUCUACCCACGAGAGGAGUAUUCGGGAGAUGAUCUCGAGGGACAAGAACCACCCCUCAAUCAUCAUCUGGUCCCUGGCCAAUGAGCCCAGUUCAAACGCAGAAGCUGCAGAACAGUAUUUCGGACAGCUGUUUAACACCAGUCGAACCUUGGACGACACUCGGCCCUACACUUUUGUGAGUGACCAGUCGUUCGACACAGAUCUGGCGCUGCAGUUCAGUGACCUGGUGAAUGUGAACAGAUACAUCGGCUGGUACAAUGACCUCACAGUCGGAGAGUGGAUGAGCGAAGAGGUUUACCACUACGUGAAGAACUACCAUUUGCAGUUCAACAAACCAGUCAUCAUGCAGGAGUACGGAGCCGGCACCAUCCCCGGAUUCCACAAGCUGCCUGCUUCCCCCUUCAACGAGGAGUACCAGGUGAAUGUGUUGAACUGGACUGGACUGGCAUUCGACCGGAUGAGGGAGGAGUUCCUGGUCGGAGAGUUCAUCUGGAAUUACGCCGACUUCAUGACCGAGCCUGAUGUGACACGAGUGGAUGGCAACAAGAAGGGCAUCUUCACUCGGCAGAGACAGCCGAAGGAGGGCGCCUUCUUCCUCAGGGAGAGAUACACUGGCAUUGUGGACAAAAUGAACAGACAACGGGAGAAGCAGAACAAUAACAAACAAGAGUGCCGCAGAAGAAACAAAAGAAAAAACUAGAACGAGCAAAAUCGACUUAUUCUGAGUUCGAGAAAUGAAGAUGUCGCAUUCGAAUAACAGUUGUAUUUAAUGUGUUAGCCCUUGUUUUAUUUUGUAAAGCUAUAAUUUGGAAAUGUCUAAGCAAUUAACAGAGCUUGAAUCAGCAAAAAGCAAAACACGCU